UCAAGUGUCGCCUUAUCGCCAUGGGUUCCUCGGAAGGAUCUCUCUCAGAAGAUGCCCUCCCCUCUCCCCCGGGGCUCACCACUUCCUCAUCUGAUUUUCUAUCAGAGUUUAGCACAAUUUUCCUUAAAGGGCCAGGGCCAGUAUUUGCAGCCAUAGUGUCUCCGCAUUCGGGUUUUCAACUCUUACUGUAGCACAGAAGCAGCCGUAGGCCACGACCGGAUGGGCAAGUCAGACUCGUACACAAAGUGGUUGGCCGGAUUUGGCCACAUGCCCGCAUUCCGGACCCCUGUUCUAGACGAAGGCGACUACGGAUCAUCUCGGGUCCUGUCCUUUCCCGUUACGGAGUUGCAAGCUUCGCGAGAGAAGCCACACGCUUUUGUUCACUGGAUCUCCCACGCCAAGAGCGACUGGCAUCGACUCCAAUGUUCACGGGAUAACAGAAAUCCAUACUUGCAAUACCUUCUGGUCCUACCGCGUCCAUUUCUCUCCUCCAGUGGAGGAGGUGCUCCUUCUGCUCCGUCUGUUCCCUCAGGAUGCUUCCCUUGUAUUUACUUCAACUAGACUCCACCCUCCUCUAGAGCAGAGGUGGGUCUCUUCCAUUCUGGAAGCCCCGGGCGCAUCAGAAUACUUAACCGAACACACUCUAUAGAUGUGCACGGAAAGAAGAAAUCGGUCACCACAAGAAGAUCGAGACCCUCCUCUCCACCCAGCCUGGAAAUCCUUUAAGGCUGCAGAGAAGUCAUUCAGUUGGCGUCCUUUGUUCUUCCUGAGCGUCCAGUUCCUAACUAUUGUAUUUCCUGGGCAAGGGGAGGAUCCAGAGUACCAGCUCCGAGUGAAGGAAUCCGUGACCGUGCAGGAGGGUCUGUGUGUCCACGUGCCCUGUUCCUUCUCCUACCCUUGGAAGUGGUGGUAUCCCCGGACGAUGCUCUACAUAUACUGGUUCCGGGAAAAGGACACCUCAAGCAACCAUUAUCCGGUGGCUACAAACAACCCACAGAGAGCAGUGAAGACAGAGGCCCGGGGCCGAUUCCGCCUCGUCGGGGACCCCUGGGCCUACAACUGCUCCCUGAAAAUCAGAGACGCCAUGAGGAGUGAUGAAGGAGUCUACUUUUUCCGAGUGGAGAGAGGAGAAGACGUGAGAUAUACUUACACACAUACGACGAUGACUCUGCGGGUGGCAGCCCUGACACAGGAACCCGACAUCCACUUCCCGGAGCCCCUCAAGUCUGGCUGGCCCGCAGAGCUGACCUGCAGCCUGCCGGGGUCCUGCGAAGGGGAAAGACCUCUCACAUUCUCCUGGGUGGGGGCUGCUCUGGACUCGCUGGACCCCGAGACCCUGCACUCCUCGGUGCUGGCCUUCACCCCGAGGCUGCAGGACCAUGGCACCAACCUCACCUGUCAGGUGAAACUGCCAGAAGUUCAGGCCACCGUGGAAAGAACCACCUGGCUCAAUGUCUCCUAUGCCCCCCACAACCUCACCAUCAGCAUCUUCAGCAAUGUCACAGCCAUCAGCAUUCUGGAAAACACCUCAUCCCUUCUCAUCUGGGAGGGCCAAGCUUUGCGGCUGCUCUGUGCUGCUGCCAGCAACCCCCCCGCUGAGCUGAGCUGGUUCCGGGGGUCCCCUGCCCUGAAUGCCACCCCCAUGUACAGGACCCACAUCCUGGAACUGCCUCAAGUCGGGGCUGCGGAGGAAGGAGUCCUCACCUGCCGAGCUCAGAACUCGCUGGGCUCCCAGCACGUCUCCCUGCGUCUCUCUGUGGUCUGCCCCCCGCGGCUGCUCGGCCCCUCCUGCUCCUGGGAGGGCGAGGCGCUGGGCUGCACCUGCUCCGCCAGAGCCCGGCCGGCCCCCACCCUGCGCUGGCGGCUGGGGGAGGGGCUGCUGGAGGGGAACCACAGCGACGCCUCCUUGACCGUCACCUCCAGCUCCGAGGGGCCCUGGGCCAACAGCUCCCUGAGCCUCAGGGGGCCGCUGCGCUCCGACCUCAGACUCGGCUGCGAGGCCCGGAAUGAGCACGGGGCCCAGAGCACCGCCGCGGUCCUGGUGUUGCUGCCAGGGCAGUCGCUCUCCCUGGCAGAAACCGCGACUGCAGCUGUGGGAGGCGCUGGAGCCAUGGCUCUGCUGUGCCUGUGUCUGUGUCUCCUCGCCUUCUGGGUGGUGAGAGCCCGCCGGAAGCAAGCGUCUAGGAGUCAAGAGGGCAUGGCUAAUGAAGACCCUGUCAUGGGUACAGUCGCCUGGUCCUUCAGGAGGUGUCCCUUGAUGGCCACUCCAGCCCUGGUCCGGCUAUGGUGCAGCCACACUGGCCUUCUGGUGGUCUCCCCUACCGCUUGGACCCUUUGCACGUACAGCUCCUCCCACCAGAAAUGCCCUUCUGUCCCCAUUUCCGUCACCCCACUUCACGUAUCAACAUCUUCUGCUCUGGGAAAGCUUUGCCAUUUCCUUCCCUGCCAACGCCCACGCCUCCCUCCUCUACGUCCCCAGAGCUCCGUGUCCAGCCCCGUCUCGAGGGGCACAUCCCACAACACCACUGCAUUUCGUCGUGUUUGGGAUGUCUUUGCCGGCGGGGGCUGCAGUUGUCUCUCACUCCGCCCCUGUCCUCCAUGUCCCUUCUGCCUUUUUAUGAAACUGGGGCCGUGGUGCCCUACAUGGAGUUAUCCAGAAUGCGUUGUUCAUGGCCAGUCCCUGGAACGGGCAUUGUUUGCUUGCACGUACUCGUUUUGUCCAUAAUAUGAUGAGCAACGAUGAACCUGCCAUCCAACCUCAGACCUCAGACACCGACAGUAACUUCCAUCUGCUCAUGUUGCUCUGUGACCCCGUCCUCAGGAAGGCUGCUCUGAAUCUUUCGUUGCCACUGUUACCCCAUAUAUGUGUGUAUACCUGAGAUACGCGCUGUUUCGUGUAACUAUUUCUGAACCUACAAAGGGUGCUGUGCGCGCUUCUCCAGCUCCCUUUGUGGACUCAUCAACCCUGCAAAUUAGGUCCUGGAGAUUCAUGCCUGUUGUUAGCUGCAGUUACCUGUUUACGGUGUUUCAUUUUUUUUUUUAACGUUUAUUUAUUUUUGAGACAGAGAGAGACAGAGCAUGAACGGGGAGGGGCAGAGAGAGAGGGAGACACAGAAUCGGAAACAGGCUCCAGGCUCUAAGCCGUCAGCACAGAGCCCGACGCGGGGCUCGAACUCACGGACUGUGAGAUCGUGACCUGGGCUGAAGUCGGCCGCUUAACCGACUGAGCCACCCAGGCGCCCCCGGUGUUUCGUUUUAUGAUCGUGUCUAUUGCCUAAGCUCGUCUUGCUGGACAUUUGAGUUGCUCCAGCUCUCAUUGGAUUCACAUACGAGUGUUCGUUUUUUUUGUUUUUUUUUUUGUCAACAUUACGUAAGAAUUUAAUUACUAGGUCAGAGGGUGUGUGAAUGUUCCUAUCAUGACAAAUGGUUUUCCAAAGCAAUCGCAUCCAUGUGUACACCCGUCUGUGCCUCUUGGAUCCUGUUGAUCUAUAUAGUCUCUGUGCUUGGUUUUCUCGAUUUUUUGGGUCAUCUCACUUUCUCGCUAUGGUUUUGAU